AUGUUUUCACAUAUUGUUGCAACUAUAUCUAUCAUUUUUAUAACACUCGCAUUUGCUGCAAAUCAAGUUUGUGAAGAUAUGUAUAAUCAAUGCGAAAGCACAAUUUGCACUGAUCCAAUAGCAAAAGAAAUUUGCGCUAAAACUUGCGGAUUUUGUGAAAUGACAACUUCUACGGCUGUAACACCUGUUUGUAAUGACGCAUACAAUCAAUGUGACAGUACAAUUUGCACUAUGCCAAUAGCUAGUGAAAUUUGCGCCAAAACAUGUGGAUUUUGCGGAGUAGCGCCUUCUACAGCAGUAACACCUGUUUGUAAUGACUUAUUCGAUCAAUGCGAUCAAACAAUUUGCACAGUUCCAAUGUCAAAAGAAAUUUGCGCCAGAACAUGCGCUUGUGAAGAUUUGUAUAAUCAAUGUGAAAGUGCAAUUUGCACUACUCCAAUAGCUAAUGAUAUUUGCGCCAGAACAUGCGGUUUUUGCGGAACAACACCGUCUACUGCAUCUACUAUUCCCGUCUGUGAGGACAGAUAUAGUAAAUGCAAAAAUAAUAUGAAUUGUACAAAUGCAUUAGCUAAAGAACUAUGCGCUAAAACAUGCGGAUUUUGUGAUAAUGAUUCGAUACCAACACCAGAAGAAUGUUCACAAUUAUGUCAACCAUUGCAAUCACUAUGCACAUUUAUUGGAUGGAUUAUGGGACCAAUUACGCAUGGAUUUUGUUUACGUUGUCAACAAUGCAAAUAA